AUGGCUGCGCUUCGCGUUUUAAUUCUGAUGCUCUGUGUGCUCGUCGCGGCGCGCGUACCCGCCGCGACGGCGGAAUUCAACCCCGCGCUCGCCACUCUCGCCACAAACCCCGAGCAAGACGGCCUGCUCGCCACAGGCAAGGCGCUCACGGGAGACGUGCGCGAGGACGCGGAUGUGCUUAUAACGAGCCGCGCUCUCGCGGCGGAGGGCGGGGAGUCGCCGCAUGCGCGCGCCGUUCGCGUUCUGGCGGAGGAGGACUUUCUCUCCCCGGGGAAGCGGAAGACGCUGCGCUGGCGGUGGAGGAUGGGUGGGGAAGCAGUGGGUGGGGAAGCAGUGGGUGGGGAAGCAGUGGGUGGGGAAGCGGUGGGUGGGGAAGCAGUGGGUGGGGAAGCAGUGGGUGGGGAAGCAGUGGGUGGGGAAGCAGUGGGUGGGGAAGCAGUGGGUGGGGAAGCAGUGGGUGGGGAAGCAGUGGGUGGGGAAGCAGUGGGUGGGGAAGCAGUGGGUGGGGAAGCAGUGGGCGGGGAAGCAGUGGGUGGGGAAGCAGUGGGCGGGGAAGCGGUGGGUGGGAGCAACCCCAGAGAGGUGAGAGGGGUGAGUGACUGA